AUGGUGGUUAUUUGGACUGACUGUGAUAGAGAAGGAGAGAAUAUUGGAAGACAGAUACGAGAUAUUGUCCUAAAGGUGAAGAAUGUUAAUGUGAAGCGUGCAAGGUUUUCUGGGAUUACCCUGAAGGAUAUAGAGGAAGCGCUUCGAAACUUAGGAGAGAUAAAUGAGGCCGAAGCCGAGGCGGUUGACGUGCGUAUGGAGUUGGAUCUUAGAAUAGGGUCUGCAUUUACAAGGCUACAGACCCUAUCGUUAGGAAAGGUAGGACAAGAGAAAAAGAUACUGAGCUUUGGGCCAUGUCAAGUGCCUACAUUAGGAUUUGUAGUGGAAAGAGCCAGGGAAAGAGAAAGCUUUGUCCCUGAGAUGUUCUGGACAUUGAAGUUCAAGGUUAGGAACAAGAAGCUUGAAGAUGAGUUUACAUGGAGAAGAGGAUCUGUCUUUGACAAGAACUGUGUUAUAUACUUUCACAAGGGAUUGGUUGGAGAGAAGGCCAAGAUAGUACUGAAAGAGAUGAAAGAAAGAAUCAAAUACAGGCCGCUUCCGCUCAGAACUGUUGAGCUGCAGAAGAAAUGCUCGUCAUACUUUAGGCUAAGCGGGCAUAAGGUUAUGGAGGUUGCUGAAGGACUUUACAACAGAGGGUAUAUAAGCUAUCCUAGGACGGAAACGGAUGUAUUCGAUAAGAAGUUUGAUUUCAAAUACAUACUAAACAAAUUAAGCAAGGAUUCUAAGGUUGGGGAGUAUGCUGAAAGAUUAGGGAGAGUGUUUAAAUAUCCUAGGAAUGGAAAGAAUAACGACAUGGCGCAUCUGCCGAUAUAUCCACUGAAGGAAGGAGUCGGGCUUUCUGGGAGUGAUAGAGACAUUUAUGAUUUUAUAUGUAGAAGGUUUCUCGGGUGUAUAUCGGAGGAUGCCAAAGGCCUUGAAACACGAUAUGAGCUAAAGGUUGGGAUGGAGACAUUUGAUCUAAGCGGAAUAAGAGUGGUUGAAAAGAAUUACCUUGAAGUGUAUUACUAUGAUAAAUGGGACAAUAAGGAGGUUAGUGACUUUGUAAUGGAAGAGAUAGUUUCUGGGGAUCUUCAUAUUUCCGAAGGAAAAACAACUGCUCCGAAAUAUCUUAGUGAAGCCGAGCUCAUAAGCCUUAUGGACAAGAACGGAAUAGGAACAGAUGCAACAAUACAUGAGCAUAUUCAAAAGAUUCAAGAAAGAGGGUAUGCCAUCAAAGUUGGGGAGGAGAUAAGGCCUUUGGGGCUUGGAAUGGCUCUUAUUGAUGGAUAUGAAAGGUUUGGAUUGAAUGUUAGCAAGCCCUCGCUUCGAAAGAAUCUAGAGAUCAAUCUGAAGAGAAUAUCCCAUGGAGAGAUAGAUGGAAGGAGUGUUGUGUAUGAAGGGAUUCUGGCCUAUAAGGAUAUAUACGUUCUUCUCAAACGAAACAUAAAGGAGUUCGUUGGGAUUCUCAGAAAGGGCAUUGAUGAGGAUGCAAGCCGAACGAGUCCAGUAGAAAGCAAGGAGACAAAGAAGGGCGUACAGGGGAGAAGAAGCAUAGAAGGCAGGAAGAGCAAUGGUGUAGGCAAGGCUAGUAGCAAAGAGAAAGGUAUAAAAAGAAUGGAAUGUGAUUGCAAAGCGGAGGCCAAAGUUCUAAAGGUUAAGAAGGGAGAUAAUGCUGGGAAAGAGUUCUACAGCUGUGGAAGGACCCCAAAGAGCUGUUAUUUCUUCCAAUGGUGUGAGUGUGAGGGAUCCCGAAAAGAUGAAGAGGUGAAGUGCUUCUGUGGGUUUGAGCCCCAGCUACUUGUUGCAAAUACAGAAAACAAUAGAGGAAGGAAGUUCUACAAAUGCAAGAAGGCAUACAAACCUUGUAAGUUCUUUCAAUGGGAGAGUUGA